CCCUAAAAUCUUAACUCCGAUCCGUGGCCGACGAAGCCAAAGCCAAAGGCAACGCUGCUUUCUCUUCCGGCGACUUUGCGGCCGCCACCGUCACUUCUCCGACGCCAUCGCUCUAUCCCCUGAAACCUAAAAAGUUGUGUUUCCUUGCCCUUCCCCUCUACCCUCUCCAUCUGUGUCCAGUUCGAAUGGCAAUUUCGCAGGAGCUAUACCCAUCGGAAGAUGACCUCUUAUACGAAGAAGAGAUUCUCCGAAACCCAUUCAGCCUGAAGCUAUGGUGGCGCUAUCUUAUCGCUCGCUCAGAGUCUCCAUUCAAGAAGCGUUUCGUCAUUUACGAGCGUGCCCUCAAGGCACUCCCUGGAAGCUACAAGCUUUGGCACGCUUACCUUCGCGAACGCCUCGACCUCGUAAGGAACCUUCCCAUCACUCACUCACUUUACGAUACCUUAAACAAUACCUUCGAACGUGCCCUCGUUACAAUGCACAAGAUGCCCAGGAUUUGGAUCAUGUACCUACAAACCCUAACGGAGCAGAAAUUGGUGACUCGCACCCGAAGAACCUUCGAUAGGGCACUCUGUGCUCUUCCUGUCACCCAGCAUGAUCGCAUUUGGGAACCCUACCUCGUCUUCGUCAGCCAAAAGGGUGUCCCCAUCGACACUUCCCUUAGGGUAUAUCGCAGGUACUUGAAAUACGACCCUUCCCACAUUGAAGAUUUUAUUGAGUUUUUGCUUAAUUCGAAUCUCUGGCAAGAGGCUUCUGAAAGGUUGGCUUCAGUACUGAAUGAUGACCAAUUUUAUUCCAUAAAGGGGAAAACCAAGCACAGGUUAUGGUUGGAGCUGUGUGAUCUGCUCACCAGGCAUGCCAAUGAAGUCUCUGGGUUAAAUGUGGAUGCCAUUAUUAGGGGUGGGAUAAGGAAAUUCACUGAUGAGGUGGGUCGACUUUGGACUUCACUGGCAGAGUAUUAUAUUAGGAGGGGUUUGCAUGAGAAGGCAAGGGAUGUGUUUGAGGAGGGUAUGUCCACAGUCAUCACCGUCAGGGAUUUCAGCGUCAUUUUUGAUUCAUACUCACAGUUUGAAGAGAGUAUGCUUGCUUUUAAGAUGGAGGAGAUGGGUUUAAGUGAUGAAGAAGAUUAUGGUGAUGAAGAAAAUGGCAUUGAGGAGAAUGAGGAGGAAGAUGAAGAUAUUCGUUUCACAGGAAGACCGCUGGAUGAGGACUUUGAGAAGAAACUAUUACGCGGGUUUUGGUUGAAUGACAAAAAUGACAUAGACUUAAGAUUGGCUCGAUUUGAUUAUCUUAUGGAGAGGAGGCCAGAAUUGGCUAAUAGUGUGCUUCUGCGUCAAAAUCCUCAUAAUGUGGAACAGUGGCAUCGAAGGGUGAAGCUUUUUGAUGGUAAUCCUACUAAGCAGAUACUGACUUACACUGAAGCAGUGAGGACGAUUGAUCCCAUGAAGGCAGUGGGAAAGCCUCAUACUUUAUGGGUUGCUUUUGCUAAGCUGUAUGAGCAGCACAAAGAUCUUGCCAAUGCUCGGGUCAUAUUUGACAAGGCAGUACAGGUUAACUACAAAACUGUGGAUAAUCUGGCUAGUAUCUGGUGUGAGUGGGCAGAAAUGGAGUUAAAACAUAACAAUUUCAAAGGAGCACUUGAGCUUAUGAGACGGGCUACAGCAGAGCCUUCAGUUGAGGUGAAACGAAGAGUGGCUGCGGAUGGGAAUGAACCAGUUCAGAUGAAACUGCAUAAAUCUUUGAGAUUGUGGACCUUUUAUGUUGAUUUGGAGGAAAGCCUUGGUACUUUGGAGUCUACUCGGGCUGUUUAUGAGCGGAUAUUGGAUUUACGAAUAGCCACACCACAAAUAAUCAUCAAUUAUGCAUACUUUCUGGAGGAACAUAGAUACUUUGAAGAUGCUUUUAAAGUCUAUGAAAGAGGUGUGAAGAUAUUUAAGUACCCGCAUGUUAAAGAUAUAUGGGUUACAUAUCUGUCUAAAUUUGUAAAGAGAUAUGGAAAGACAAAAUUGGAGAGAGCGAGAGAGCUAUUUGAGAAUGCGGUUCAAACGGCCCCAGCUGAUCAAGUGAAACCUCUUUAUCUGCAAUAUGCUAAGCUGGAGGAGGAUUAUGGACUAGCAAAGCGGGCUAUGAAGGUUUAUGAUCAAGCAACUAAGGCUGUUCCUAACAAUGAGAAGUUAAGCAUGUACGAAAUAUAUAUUGCUCGUGCAGCUGAGAUAUUUGGUGUUCCCAAAACAAGGGAGAUCUAUGAGCAGGCAAUUGAAUCUGGUCUUCCAGACAAGGAUGUAAAAACUAUGUGUUUGAAAUAUGCUGAGCUGGAAAAAAGCCUGGGAGAAAUUGAUCGGGCUCGAGGAAUAUAUGUAUUUGCCUCUCAGUUUGCAGAUCCACGGUCUGAUCCAGAAUUUUGGAAUAAGUGGCACGAGUUUGAAGUUCAGCAUGGGAAUGAAGAUACCUUCAGAGAAAUGCUUCGUAUUAAGCGCAGUGUCUCUGCAAGCUACAGCCAGACACAUUUUAUACUGCCUGAGUAUAUGAUGCAGAAGGAUCAAACUGUGAAUCUUGAUGAAGCCAAAGACAAAUUGAAGCAGGCUGGGGUACCUGAGGAUGAAAUGGCCGCUUUAGAAAGGCAAUUAGCCCCAGCAGCUAACAAUAUAGUGACAAAAGAUAGAAAAGUUGGGUUUGUGAGUGCUGGAGUGGAAUCACAGUCUGAUGGAGGGAUAAAAACUAGCAUAAAUCACGAAGAUAUCGAGUUACCAGAAGAAAGUGACUCUGAUGAUGAUGAUGAUAAGGUUGAAAUUGCACAAAAAGAUGUCCCUUCUGCUGUUUUUGGUGGUUUAAUUAGAAACAGAGACGAGAAUGAAAACAACGAAGAAGCGGAUGGUGCGAAAGAUAAGGAUAAUGAGAAUCGGCUUGGUGCCCUUGAGAGAAUAAAGAGGCUAAAACGAAAUUAAAUUUUGGGUGAGAUUAUUCGGGAUGAAAUUUUGAUAACAGUGAAGUUAGUUUUAUGGUUUUGUAUUAUGUACGUGUCAAUCUAACUAGAGUUUUUAACUGCAUUUAAGACGUGUUGAUCUUGCAGUAAACUCUAGUUCUUAUGUUGUAUUCCUUUUCAAAUCAUAUAAUUUUCAGCUUAGAGCUACCAAAGUACCAGGAAAAUUGUUGUCUCCGGGUCAAAGAA